AUGUCACAGACGAGAGUUGAGUACUUGGUGGAGACCAAAGCGAAGGACAUCGCCGGCACCGGAAUCGUAUGGUUACCCAAACAAGGCCUGUCUAGAGAACUGCGCUUCUUGUGUGCAGUGAGUUCAGCUGGUCAAACAUCCGGAUCGGUUCGCAACUACAGUUCAACUGUGGAAGAGUGUCUGACCGGGGUCGUAGCUGCUAUUUUCAUCGUACACGAUCAGCUUUCUGUAUCCCUGGAUCGGCUUAUUAAGGUCCAACCGAUCACACUAGGUCCCGAUCCUAUCUCUAUCCCGGUACUAACGUCCCCUAUGAGUACUGUCUGUCUGUCUACCUCACAACCCUCAAUGCUUAGCGCUCCCAUCAAUGGAGAUACGGGUUCGUCGCGUCGUGCAUCGUGUGCAUCCUCGUUAAGUGCCAGUCCGUGUUCAUCUGGGUACUGUGCCGUUCCGGACGCAGAUUUCACAUACAAUCGACGAAUAGCUCUCUACUCGGAUAACACGCUUAUUCUCUGGUUAACCGAGCCCCAAUCUUCCACAUUCAGUGUACCUUCUGACAUUGACAAGAGGUCUGUUACGUCCGCAACUGCGGCUGCCGGGACACCGAUUCCGGCCCCGUGCACUACUUCGGGUACAGACGGUUCCAACGAAAUUGCCCGAUCCAUUCUGGCUUUUUUCCAGCUAAAUCCGACCAGUGAUGCUACCGAAUCAAACACCACUACUACUUCAACAGCACCGCGCUACAUCUCAGUUCGCUUACUGACCUAUACUAAUCGGUUAGGACCAAUAAACUCAUUGGUUUUGGUCCCACUCCGACCGCUGCAUAUAUCUUCCAUAUCAACUCGACUUUCACCUUUCAAGCCUGCUGACCUCGUGGGGCAUCGUGUUGGAAAUGGUGGACUGGGUUUGGAAAUCUGGGUACAGCGCUCAUUGCCUGGCCGACUUCGAGAUAGCACACCAACUUUGGUACUUCUGUCCACGCGACCACUGUGCGGUGAGUUCUUCUCAUUUUUGUGCACCUCGAUUGGUUUAUUUUGGUCAUGUGGUCCGAAAAUUGCAGUGAAACAGUCGAUCGGGUAG